AUGGUAACGCUCUCAACGACAGUGAGCUCAGCAGCGCUGGCGCUGGCUCGCAAUGAGAGUCAAGGUUCUGUUGUCGAGUUCGGCGUGAAGCCGGUGAGCAGAGGGUGCGAGGCCGCGGAUGCCGGGUUGAAGAAGGCCGCGAGGGCCAAGCUGAAGAUAAGGAAGAAGCCCCUGGGAACAAGGCGUCGGAAGCAGUUCUCAGAGAUGCUUCGGGCGGCCAUGCUCGCGCAGUACCAGUGGACCGUCGGCGAGUGCGCCAAGGGAGCAUCUUGCAACGCUACGGCAGACCGUUUUCAUGGCAUUGUAGCGAGGCCCCAUAGUGACAUCGGUUCAGCCGCAGACACGCAGACUGUAGCACAGAUCCUGACAGAGCUUGCCGGCUGUGUGCACAAUGGAGCCGAGUAUCACGUAGAAGCGGAGCUGUCAGCUAACUUGGCUACUACCACUCGCGCCAUCGAACAGUCGCCAGAUGAUGACAUCUAUUACCCGAUGUACGGCAAGUACUACAGCACCAAGCAAGUGACUGUUACAACUGACUAUGCAACCACGACUAGGUUCGGGUCAACGACCGCCGUAAUUCUCCUCGUGGUCCAGAGUACCGUGUUCUCUGGCUCAGCAGAUCUCGUGGGUCACUUGAAGGCACCCGACAAGGAGACAUUCAAAGACUUCUGCCCAAAGGAUGAGUUUGGCAAGCGGCCCAUUGGUACUGAUCCUCGAGGCCUGUGCUUUUUCUAUGCAUUGAAGGGCGCAACCUAG